AUGCCCAAACAUCUAUUUUUAACAUCGAAACGAUUUGGCUAUUUUCCAUCACCACCAAAUAAUCUUUCGCUUGAAGUUAUUUCUGAAGAAAACCAAAAACGUACUAUCAUCCAAAAGAUCGAUGAUAUUUCAGCUCCCUAUUGUAAUCGUGGUAUUGUUGUACUUAAUACUUUUAAUACAACACCAGUAUGUCUUUGUGCACCUAGUUAUUUUGGUUCUCGAUGUCAAUGGCAAAAUCAACGUAUUAGUUUGACUCUUCAAUUUCUUUGGCGUUACAUUGCAUCAACUGAUGUUUUGUUUCAAGUGAUUAUUAUGCUUAUUGACCAAAAUGGAUCUAUCGCACCAAAUUAUGAACAAAUUACCUAUGUACCUUCACGCGAUUGUAACACAAAAUCCAAUAUCUAUUUGCUUUAUCCAGAUAGACCGAAAAAUUUAUCACAUAAUUAUUCAAUUCGGAUUGACAUUUUCGAAAAAAUUAACUUAAUCUAUUGGGUUAGUUGGUAUCUACCAGUACCGUUCUCAUUUUUACCUGUCAAUCGAAUCUCAAACAAAAUAAUUAUAUCUAAUAAACAAGAAACAGUAUCAUGUUCGCUCUCAUGUGGACAACACGGUCAAUGUAUGAACUACGCAAAUAAUAAAUCAUUAAUAUUUUGUCGAUGCAAUCAAGGAUAUUCUGGCGCACGAUGUGAGAUGUCACAUAAAUGUAAUUGUUCAAACGAUUCAUUUUGUCUUUCGCCAUUUAUAUGUGUAUGCCCAUUGCAUAAAUUUGGUUCUCAUUGUUAUAUAAAACGGUCAAUAUGCAAAUUAUCAAAUAAUCCUUGUCGAAACAACGGAGUCUGUAUACCAACUGAUGAUCGUAUUAAUUUAACAGGAUUUACUUGCUUCUGUCGGCAAGGUUAUUCAGGCCCAACAUGCGAAAAUACAAAUAAUCGAAUUGAUAUCUAUUUACCCGACGCAAUAAUAGAACAAAAUAAGUUGGUAUUGAUACAUUUUAUUGCAGCAUUUGAAUAUGCUGAACAUGAACGUACAACUCUUUUUAAAAAGAUCCCUUAUAACCAGUAUGAUAUAACAGUUGACAUGCCGCAACCAUUUAAUAUUCUUUUUGUUGAAAUGUCAAAUAAGAAAUAUUAUUUAGGAAUACUUCGAGAAAGAUUUAUAGUUUCUGAACACAUCAAAACUACAAUGCAACAAAAUCAACAUUGUUUAUCGAUUUCAAUGCUUCUUAACAGUACCGUAGUGAAUUCGGCAUAUCUCCAUCGAACUAAAUAUUAUCCAAUAGUAUGUCGGCAACAUCGGAAUUUGACGUGUUUUUAUGAUGCUGAUCUUUUCUGUAUAUGUGAUCUCGAUCGAUUUUCCAAUUGUUUUUUCUUUAAUCAUACAAUGAACUAUGACUGUAAAGGUUAUAACUAUUGUGAAAAUGGUGGCCGCUGCUUUCAAAAUAAUGAAACAUGUCCAACAAAAUUCAUAUGUGUGUGUGCCAAGAUUGUUAUUAUGGAACAAAAUGUCAAUAUUCAACAAAAGGCUUUCUUUUAUCACUUGAUUAUAUCCUUGGUUAUCACAUUAAACCACAUAUAUCAUUUAAUCGACAACCAUUAAUUGUUAAAUUAAGUACAGCUUUGAUAACUGUCAUGUUUAGUAUUGGAUUAAUCAAUGGAGUUUUAUCAAUAAUAACAUUUCGCAUCAAGACAACACAAGAUGUAGGCUGUGGAUUCUAUCUAUUAGUUUCUUCAUGCAUUUCUAUGAUUAUAGCAAUUUUAUUAGUCACAAAAUUUUUGCAAUUAGUGUUAUCGCAAAUGUCCAUUAUUACAAAUCGAUUACUGCUGAAUUUAAAUUGUUUAUUAUUAGACAUGACUCUGCGAGUUUUUUUAGCUACUAAUGAUUGGCUAGAUGCAUGUGUUUUUGUGGAACGGAUAUUUACUAUUAUGAAAGGUGCAAAAUUCAGUAAAACGAAAAGUAAACGAAUAGCUAAAUGGGUAGUAUUGAGUGUCAUUCUGUUAACCACUAUCACGCAUCUUCAUAUUCCUUUGCAUCAUCGUUUAGUUGACGAUGUUGAUGAUGAAGAACAACGGACAUGGUGCUUGGUUCAAUACUCGACUUCAGUCAACAUUUUAAGUUCAUUUAUUACUCUGACUCAUUUUUUAAUUCCAUUUGCAAUUAAUUCAUUGUCGAUGUUGUUCAUUAAUAUAUACACAGCACGCUCCCGCUCAAUAUCACAGCCGAGAUUUUCAUUUCGAACACAUCUAAAACUGCAAUUCAAGCAAAAUAAGCACCAUCAAAUUGCAUCAUCUAUAUUAGUAUUAUUAGCAUUACCACGCUUUAUUAUCUCAUUUGCUACAGGAUGUAUGAAAUCACCACGAAGCUCAUGGGGAUAUAUUUUCAGUUAUUUGAUUCCGUUUUUACCGUCCAUGAUGACAUUUCCGGUAUAUAUUUUACCUUCAAAAACAUAUAAAGAUGCAUUUGUAGUUGCAACAAGAAGAAAACUGAAUCAAGUACGCAUGCGUAUUAAAAACUAGUAUUCUAAUGGUAACAUAACCUAUUUCAACUAUUGAUUAUAUGCAUACAUAGAGAAGACAUUUUCUUGAGCGAAUUCUAACACACUUCUAAUCAAUGAAAAAUAAAGCAACAGACUGAUUUGUUUCAACAUUAAAAGGUCUUUUUCUUUAUAAAUUGUGAUCUAUAUGUAGUUCUGCUUUUGUCAAACUCUAGAGCUUCUAUUGCGAUGUGCUUGAAAAAUGUACACAAAACUUCUAACUAUACGUCAGUAAAAUAGGAUCUAUUUUAUAUGACUACAAAAUAUUUUCGACUUCUUGGAAAAAAAACAAUAUCAUAUUAAAUAGCUGCUGAAACUCUAUGCAAAACAUUGUAUAGAAACAAUUUUGCACUACAGAUAUUUAUCAAGUCUAGUAUAAACGUGAUUGUGAAUAUGACUAUAAUACAAGUAGAUCUAAAACGGCAGAUCAUACAUAUUCAUAUCUCCGCGUUUUUUUGCUUGCCAAUCACAAUACUUUAACUGUUUUUACUGAAAAUUCUUCUAAUAUCGAUAAAACGUUCGAUAUCUGAAAAACAGGUGCUGGUCGCAGGUAAAUUUUAUUUGCUUAUUGUCAACACAAAUGGCUUACGGUAUUUGUUGCAAAUGUAACGCAUAUCUCAUUUUCAUUAGUGUUAGUAUUCAAGAAGUGCUGGUCUCGUUUAUCUGCAUGUUUUCUAUCUUCCAAUUGUCGUGUUUGCUGUGUGAUAAUAGAUUGAUGUUACUGUGAACUUGCUGUUUGAUAAAUGGUUCUCAGUAGUAUAGUUUGAUCAUUAUACAGGUUCUUAGAAUGUAACCACUCUGUCGGACUAUGAUAACCUCACUUUGCUGGCGAUCUUAAAAUUAUUUUCCUGGAAGGAAAUUUGCAGUUUGUGUUUGGUAGCUUUGGGAUCAAAUACAUUUAUAUAUACUGUAAAAGAAAACGUAGAAUAAUCAACGUUUGCUCGCUUCUUUUUAAUUAUAAACCACUGAAUAAUUUAUUCUUAUUAGAUCAAACCUUUGAAGAAUUCUUUGAUCAGAAGGUUUAUAAUCGCACAAGUUGAUUAAUGUGAGAAGCGUUAAUGAAAAUUUGCAAAAGAUUUUUAAUUCUUUUGCUGUAAGAGAUGCAAAAUGUAUGUGAGAUCAAAGCGAAGGCAAGCAGACAAAAAUUAAUGAUGAAAAAGUUUAUUUUUCUUAGCUGUCAAAUUUUGCUGAAUGAAGCCGUCAUACCAAUACAAGUCACGAUUUUCAUAAGGGCUCUGACAGGUUGAUGAAACUGAACAGCUGCCUUUAUGAACAUGAUGUUCAUCUCUAUUGUACACCAAUUACAACCAGAAAGGAUUCAAAAGUCCAAUCUAGUUCACGUUUUUUGUGCGUAUAUAUCGCAAUUUUAUUUUUUUAUCAAAUACUAGCAGAAGUACCCGGCGUUGCUCGGGUAAGUUAACACUUAAUAUACAGAACAAAUACUCAAUUGUGCUUGAGAAGGUCUGAACGCCCUAGUUAAUGGGCAGUAGAUAUACACAACUAUUACAUUUGCCCUCGUGCCGAUUUUGAUCUAAAUCCUCAGAUAUAUUCUGAAUCUCGAUUCUAUCUAAUCCCACCCUCAAAGAAUAUAGAAUAAUAGCACUGAAAGAUCGUUCUGAGGUGAGGAAUUCUUCGUUCUCAUAUGUGUAGAUCGAUAAGACCUUGAUAGAUCAUAUAAAUUUUGUUGACUUUCUAUAUUUCUAAAUACCUAUCGGAGUACACACUUCUCUGAAUCAGUUCUGAUCUCGAUCGGCUCUUAUCUCUCUUCGUGAGAGUUUCAGUCCCAAUCCCGUAGUGGCUUGAUUCGAUAGUUAGAGAGAAUCCAUUUGGAAGAUCAAAUUUCUAACAGACAUGCAAGGAAAGCUCGCUUCUAUCAAAAAACAACACAAAUACACAUAUUCUUGGUUUAGAACUUCACUUUUACAAUAUAAAUUGCUAUUAAAUAGGCGAGUUACGAUAGUAUAUCAUGCUUUGCACUGCUGAAAACAUAGUGAAUUAUGAAUGGUGCAAGGAAUGAUAGACAAAAAAGUCUUCCCGUGAGAGAUCUGUUAAGAACUUGAUCAUCAAAAUCUUUGACAAACAAAAUCUUGAUCCUAGUAGACCGCUUAUUCGAAACGCCCAUCGCAGAUGAUCUUCACGGUAUCAGUUUCUCUAAAACGUAUGUGGAUUUGGCAUGACUCACCCAAUUAAGGCACCGGUCGCCCAGUAAGGUAUCAUGCGCGACGGGUUUCCGAUUUCUAAUGUUCCUCUUGUGAUCAUUCAGUGACACUCAUUUGCCCCAAAACUCGGUGUCUGUUGGUUCUGCACUGAUCAUUAAGCUAUCGAAGUGAUUGGAUCACAGAUUCGAAUUUGCCACAUCUAAAAAACCUUGCCUCAUCAUUUUCCUGAUAGUAUAAGUGUUUGUUUGUUUUUUUAGGAGCUGUUCUUCUAUUGGUUUCCGAACAAUCGAUUAGACUUCGAGGCUAAUGAGCCCCAUAUUCGAAUUUGUCACGUCUAAAAACCUCUGCUUCAUCAUUUUCCUUAAAAAAUAAGUGUUUUCGUCUAUUUUUUAGGAGCUGAUGUUCUAUUGGUUUCCGCACAACCAUUCAGACUUCGAGGCGAAUGAACCUAGAUUGGAAUUUAUCAUGUCCAAAAACUCCAAUGUUGUCACUUUCCCAACAGUAUUUUAUGCUUUUGUCUGUUAUUUUAGGAACUGUGUUCCUAAUGGUUUCGGGACAACCAAUCAGAUUUUUAGGCACAUGGAUUUAGAUUCGAACUUAUCACGUCCAAAAAACCCCUUCCCCAUAAUUUUCUGAAAGUAUAAGCGUUUUCGUUUGUUUUCUUAAGAGCUGAGCUCCUAUUGGUUUCGGGCCCAACCAAUCAGGUUUUGAGGCAAAUGGACCCCAGAUUUGAAUUCACCAUCAUCGACAACCUUUGGUUCCAUGUUUCUGUGUGUUCACGAAGUGAUAUUCAAUAGUACUUCUAUAGUAGGGAAUACUGCAAUUUGAUUGGUUAG